AUGACGCAGAUGCAGCAAGCGCCAGAAGUUCGAUUGCCUCAAGGACACAUCGUCGGCGCCACGGUUCAUGAUGGGUUUCCUCAUGCAGUCGAAGCUUUCAGAGGGAUCCCUUAUGCUCUACCACCUACCGGCGAUCGUCGAUUCCGCCCACCCGUGAAAGUCGAAAAGAGCAAUGGUACAGUCGAUGCCACGACAUGGGGACCGAGAGCACCAGCGCAGCAGUUCCUCGUGAUCGGUCCGAAACUCGAGGAAAGCGAGGACUGCCUGACUGUCAACAUUUUCCGACAAGUACGGCACAAUGACGCUACAGCAUUGCCAGUAAUGGUCUAUUUCCAUGGCGGAGCUUUCAAUCGCGGUAAUGCAGCCAUGCACAACACAGCCUCUAUGGUCGGAUGGUCCGCACAGCCAUUCCUCGGUGUAUCGUUUGGCUAUCGUCUCGGUUCUCUAGGCUUCUUACCUUCAAAAUUGAGUGCUGAUGAGGGCGCCCUAAAUUUGGGUCUGAAGGAUCAGAUCUGCUUAUUGGAGUGGGUUCAGGAGAACAUUCACCAUUUUGGAGGUGACAAAGGAAACGUCGUUCUCUCAGGACUUUCGGCAGGUGCACAUUCGAUCGGUCACCAUCUGCUGAACUACCAAGAGGGCCAAAAGCCACCUUUCCACAAGGUGAUUAUCCAGAGUGGAGCACCGACUUCACGCGCUGUGAGGCAACCCGACGCCGAGAUACACGAAGCACAGUUCAAAGACUAUCUAAGAGAAACUGGCUGCCCAGAGUCAAUGCCGGAUUCAGAAGUGUUUGGAUACCUCCGAUCUCUGCCAUUGGAGACCAUCGUCAAGGCGCAGAACACGGUCUUCCAGAAAUACAACCCAAGCCUUAGGUGGGCUUUCCAGCCUGUCAUUGACGGCGAAAUUAUCCGCAGUCGUCCGAUCGACGCCUGGAAGAAGGGAAGAUGGCAUAAAAUGCCUAUCAUGACCGGCUUUGUGGGCAACGAGGGUUCACUGUACGUCAACAAGAAAAUGCAAGAGUCUUCUGAGUUCACCAAGUUCUGGGAAACACUGCUGCCUCAGAUGAGCGACGAGGACAUCCAGGCUAUCGAAAAGCUGUACCCAGACCCUAGCAAAGAUACAUAUUCCAUCUACAAAGAGGACCGACAAGAUCACGGCGUUGGAGACCAGUAUAAACGCAUCGAAGCAGCCUACGCCCAUUACGCAUAUGUGGCACCUGUUCUGCAGACAGCCUAUUACGCCAGCCCCGAGGCACCCGUCUAUCUGUACCAUUGGGCGAUGCGGAGGAAUAUUGUGGAGGGUGCUCGUCACGGAGACAAUAUGCAAUACGAAGUCCGAGAUCCUGAGACUUGUGCGCAGUCAAAAGAUUUGGAUGUGUUGUCGGGCAUCUUGCACGCUUAUACAGUCAGUUUCAUUUGCUAUGGCGAUCCAAAUAGGCUGAAAAGGACUUACAGCGGUCGGAAGGAGUGGCAGAAGUCUGAUCGAGACGCUGCGAUGGUCAUGGUAUUCGGCAAGGACAAUACGCAAUUGCUUGGGGGCUCGGACGUAGGCGAGGCAGCCGUCAUGGUCGAGGAUGUCUUUCAGAAGGAGACGGACUUUUGGUGGUCGAAGGUCGAGUUGUCGCAGCAGUAG